AGUGAAGUUCUGUUGAUUCUGUUUGACGAACUAAAAGAUACAGUAGAUUUAUAAAUUGUUUUGGUUGUGUUUGCAUUGCAUUUACUAUUGCUUUUAAUUAAAAAAGACUACUCCAAUCCCUCAAUUUAAAUAACAUGUUACACAAAUUGUAGAAAGUGUGUAGGUUAUAAAUAACAUUGUUAUAAAAUGGCUACCGUCUUUGAUAGCCCAUUUAUUAGACAACGUUUACAUAGACUUCGUCAACGUGAUAUUGACUAUGAUGAAGAUCAAAGAUUUGGUCGUUGUGACUGCACUAGUUACUCCUACUUCGUGCUGUCGAUGGUGUUGUUCUCGGUGGGCACUGUGAUCACUGUCCUUGCAUUGGGAGAUGCCGAUGGUUACAUUUUGAGCAAUUUGGGACACAUGUGGCUGGUGGGACCAAUAUUUAUAUGCUCGGGAAUGAUGGUAGCCGUGAAGAGCAUGCUAUAUUUGCGUAGGAAAAGCGUCAUUCAAAUGCUACUACAUCAGCGCGCUUUAAUAAGGGACAUGGCUGCAGUUCAAGCUGAGCAAGCAUACAGUGGGCAGGUACCCCGCACUGCCUCCAGUGCAACACUACCUCCUUCAUACGAUGCAUUAAUAACAGCUGCACCUCCCAGUAAACCCCAGCCGUCCAGUUCAGAACCUCCCCCGCCAACUUAUGAGGAAGCAAUGUACCUCAUUGAUGAUGGGAAAUCUCACAUGGACAGCAGAACUGAUGACAGUGAUAAACAAGAAUCGAGCAAUCUACAGGAACCUAAUGUUGGUCAGAGUAAGCCUUAAUUUUAAUGCCUUUUAGUUAUCUAAGUACCUUCUUGUUUAUUAUUUAGUCAUUAAUAAUAAAACUUAACUAUUUGUUUUGUACUUAGGAAUACACUACUGUUGUAUUGUAUUUACAUUACUAUUGUAUUGCUUGUGUAAAUUUUUGUUACUUAGAUGUUUUCUAUGAAAUGGUAAUCUCAGAUGUGCCUAAAUCAUUGGUCUUCUUAGCAUGCGCAAGCAGUCAUACUGGACCAUGGAUUGUCAUGAAGGUAAAAUAAAUUAGUCAGUCAGGUUGGGAACUGACAGCACAUGAUGUGCUAGAAUGUACUGUAGAUGUGUCACUCAUGGAGGCUUAUAUUAAUUAUUGGUCAGAAUUCUGAUGUAUAAUUAAUAAGAUACUUAGUAGGUAAUUAUUAUACCCACAACUGAAUAAAGCUUUAAUAAGGAACCACUUAUGUACCUAUCAGUAUUAUUCAGCACUCAAUUUGAAACGUUUUUCAAAUUAACUAAAAUGUCUUAUCAGAUCAGUUAUCAGUUCUGUAUAUUUACAUAAACUCAAUUGCAUAUAAAUUUAUUAUUCUUGAAAAUUCGGUAAUAUGUUUGAUGUACUAAUUUAUCAAAUUUAAUGCUGAAUAGACUGAUGGAUCAGAAAAAUAUGACUGAAUUUGAUUGGCAUUGCUUGACUAAAACACAUAAGUAAUUAACUGCGACUGAUGUGAUAUUUGAUAGAGUUAACUUAUGAAUGAGUGGUAGGUGUUCAGAUCUAAUUCGAAAAUAGAUUUUGCCAAUUUUUUUAUUGGGAUUUGUUAAUAUUGUCAAUGAGAGUAAAGCCCUUAAACUCUUAAUUUUUUUGGAUUAUGUUGGGCUAUUGGAAAUUGGAAACAACAAUGAACAAAUAAUAUGGUAACAAAUUAUAAAUGAAACUCCUGUAGCGAAAAAACCCUAAUUUACAGCUGUCAUGUUCUUCAGAUAACUGGUAACAAAAACAACAUUUACAUAGUAUUAUCAAAAAACAAAACAACAACAAACAGUUCGGAUUUAAAUAUCAUUUUGCAGAUUAAUUCUUACCAUACUCGUACGUUUGAGUAACUUAAAUUCCUUUAAAACGUGUUAUAGCCAGUUUAUUACGAUAAGUACCUUGUACAAUAUAUUAAUUGUGCCAACAUUAUAUGGUACAGUGGGAUUCUAGCUAAACAUACCUAUUAAAUUUGGAAUCCAUCAUCCUUAAUAUAUUUUGUAUUGUGAGUAUUGAUUAUUGCUUUAAUAAUGUAGGUAUUAGUACCUACAAUACUGUAUUCAGUUACAUAAGUAUGUUUUUCCACUGUACAUGUAAUUUGUAAGUUUUAUCAGUGCCUUGAUCUACUCUGCCCAGUUUGUGGACAUUGUAAUAUUUAUUAAUAAUUAUGAUGCUUAAAAAUUUAAAAUAAUUAUAAACCAUCAUACAAGAUUUGUGUGGGUUUAGCUUGGUCUAGCUAUUGGUUAUUGUGAUACAGGGUUUCAGUUUACAAAAAUACGUGUUUUAUGAGGCUUUAUUUAAUCGAUGAAACUAGGACUUUGAUAAAGAAUAAUAGUCAUGAAACAGUCAAGCUAUUUAUAGAAACGAACAAAAGUCCAUUAUCAACUGAAUUUUUAGGUCUUCCUCUUUAUAUUUCAUGCAUACAUGUCAAAGAUAGUAAGUAACGUACAGAUCUGAAUUUUAAAAACAGUGAAUAAAAUUAAACAUGUUUUGAAACUAUGCUAUUGAUUCAAAUGUUUAAAUUAUUAAUUAAGGUAAGGGUUAUUCCCUCAAUAUAAGGUUGCUGAUUGAUCAAACAUCUAUUACCUACCAGUUUGGUGUUUUUAUUUUAAUAUACUUUGAAUUUGUUACAAAAACAUAGCUAAUUCAUAAAUAUUUAAUUUUUGUGUGGUUAGGUGACAAUUUUACUGCUUAUUCAUCAUUAUCUUAUUCAGUUGAAAAAAGUAAAUCUGAUAUAUGGGAUAUACAUUUAUUAUAUCAAUUACUUUCCAAAUUCCUACCUCAAGUACAUGUUUGGUUACAGUGUAGCUGUUAAAUUAUCAUAAUUCAGUAAAAGUUAUGUGUUAUAUUAGGGCAUCUUCUAACAAUGUUAACAUUUAUUUUUCGCAUUUUUAUCCUUUAGACAGAGGUACUUAAUAUAUUAACAGUACCAAACAUUCACUUAUUGUUAUCUAUGUUUGUUCAAUUUUUUUGUUAUGGAAAUGCUUCAUAGAUGUAAAAAAUAGUUAUGUACUUAAUUACACGUAAUUAUAAUUUUGUUGUCACAGUACAUGGGCUGUCUUAUGGCUAUGCCACAUGGUGGAAGUUUGAAGUACUUACUUUCCUCACUUCAUGUAGCAUAACUAUGGAACACCAGUAUACUGGUAUGGUAUGUAACCAAUAAUUCCUUCUUUCCAAAGUUGUAUCAAAAAUAAUCUCCAAGGAGGCUAAACAGUAAUCCCAGAGUAAUCUCUCAUUGAUUGAUUUAUUAAGAUACUUACAAGUACUAACUUGAAUUACUGUUUAAAAAUCCUUUAUGAUUAACAGCAAAUUGUUAUAAUAACAUUACUCUAAUGAAACUUAGUUUGUAUUGAUCUCCUGGUCUAAUUAUACACUUUUAAAUAAAA